UAAAGGGUUAUGAUGUUUAAAAUUUUCUUUAUUUUUGAAAUUUUGUUAUUGUUUUUCUUUGAUGGUAUUUUAUCGUCAAACAUUUCUUUUUGUUUUUCAACGAUCACCAGCUUACACAAACAUAUCACACACACACAAAUACACUAUACACUUUGGCUCUCUUCAUUUUUGUUGAGUACUUUCUGGUCAUCAUCAUCAUCAUUGGCUUUUGUUUUCGUUGGCCUGGAUUCAUUUCUGCUCCAUCCGGCUGUUUCAUUGAUUGGCUGGUUCUUUGGCAUAUUCUCUCUGCCGGUCAUUUUUAUUGGCUCGUCUUCCACUUGUGGCUUUCUUCUUGGCAGCGGUUCUUUUAUCUUAUUAACAUUGUACUUGCCCUAAUUAAUUUUCGUUUUUCUUUCCUUUCUGUUUAUGAUAACAACUGUGUGACAUAUCGGUACCAUGAGUACCUCAAACAAAUCCUCAGAUCGAAGACAGGCCAAAAACAAAUUAACGGCCAACCAUGCCCAUAGUAACGCUCGAGUGUCAAUAGCUUCACCAUCAAUUAGCCACGCUUCAGCUGAUGAAGUUACCAUAGUUGAUGACGACCAACCGAUGUCACACAUUGAAAUCCCAACUACAUCGGAUCAACAACAUCUGACGCUUGGUCAGCCACCAACAUCUCUCUUCCAAUCGGUCACACAACCUGUUAUUACCAACAUAAGUCAACCCAGUUCUUCGCAACAAAUGACGACUAAUUACACUGCUUCAACAUCACAAUUGCAACAACAAAAUCCGGUCACAACUUAUUCACAACCAAUGACCACAACACACACAUUUCAACAACCAUUAUUGCCACCACAUUCUCAGUUCUUGUAUCAAUAUGGUCAGCCAGCUCAGCCCCAAUUUUCAAACACCAGUGUACCAACAUCAUUCAAUCCUGGCUUGUUUUAUUCUCAAAAUGCAGCAGCAACAUCUGCGGCACCAGCGUCAUUCAAUUUCCUCCCACCUACAACAAACAUAGCAACAACAGCAACAACAACACCGAUAACGACAUCUAUAUCAAGAAGUGCCACACCAGUCAACAAUAUGCCAUCUGCAAACAACAAUGUUGAAUUUCUAAAAGAAACUUUAAAAAUGGCCUCAAAACUUGGCGGCAACAUCACAACAGCAAGAAAAGAAGCGGUAGUCGACGCACUCAAUCUGGCAUUGAGCUUAUCUCAAGAAAACAAUGUUUUGAAAGAACAGUUAACUAAUGCCUAUAAACGAAGACGAACUGAUACGGAUCUGUGCUCCAGAGACGAUCCUAUGGAUGAUGAUGACAGCAAUUAUGUGACCAAAGCUGAACUGAAAUCUUACCUGGAUGAUAUUAAAAAUAGCAUUAACAACUUAUCAAAUAUCAUCAGCAAACAAAGCAACAAGGCCACCAGCAACAAACAAAAUCCACCAUUAACGUUUGCUGAAAUAAUCAAAGAGAAUAAAAAAUCAUCUACACCGAAACAUCAAACUGUUGUCUUUCUGCCUGAUAAUGAAGACACGUUAGUGACAAGGCAAACAUUGUCAAAACUAAUUCAUCCUGCCAAAGAAGGAAUUGCUAUGACGGAUGCCAAAAGUUUAUCGAAAGGAAAAAUGAUCAUCAACUUCAAAGAUAAAGCAAGCAAAAGUAAAUUUGAAUCGUUAGCCAAAGCAACAAAGAAAAUCAACACUGAGCCACCCCGUAAAUUACGGCCAUCCAUUAUGUUAAAGGGUGUACGUAUAGAGGUCAAGAAAGAAGAUAUACCGUCAAUGUUUGCAGCUUUCAACUAUCCAAUAGCAUAUUACGUUGAAACAAACAAACUUGACAUAACAAAGCUAAUGGAAGUUGUCUCGGACAGGAAAAAUUUCAGAAGCGAAUAUUUGAUUAAUUACGUAAUUUCCAUCGAUCCGGCCAUUCGUGAUUUAGUGAUAAAUGAAAUGAACGGUAAGGUCAUAUUAGAUUAUGCUCUUGUCCAUGCUGAGGACAUGUCGCCUCUCCGCCAAUGUUACCGGUGCUAUGGUUUUAAUCAUAUAGCCAACACCUGUCAACUGCCACCAGAACAACAAAUCUGUCAUCAUUGUGCUCUGACACACAAAUAUGAACUGUGUCCCAAUAAAGCUUGUGCUCCAAGGUGUGUCAAUUGUCGUAAAACUGGUAUUAAAGUUGACACCAACCAUAACAGUACUAAUAAAUCAUGUCCGGUUUACAUCAGAAUGUUGCAACGUAUGGCAGACAAAGUUGAAUAUUAUAACAAUGAAUAACCAACGCCAAUCUCGUUCCCAACUCGACACGACGAAAAUUGCUCAGAUUAAUUGUAAUAAAUCACCAAGUGCACUGAAUCAGUUUCAAAAUUUUUGUGACAAAAACAAAGUAGACAUUGCUAUGAUUACUGAACCACCAAUUAGAAAAGGUGUUCCAAAUAUUAGCCGUAAAUCUAAACCACUAUAUGCCACGAACCAUUAUUCAAGUGAUCAUCAUCCAAACACUCAUCAACAAAACCAGCUUCAUGUUUCCGUGCCAAAUGUACAAUUGCCAUCAUCUUUUCAACCUUAUGUUCAACAAGUGUCCGCCAUGCAACAUGUGCCUAGCGCCGGCCUCGGGCCAAUCAAUCAUUCAAUCUCCAAUCAUCGGUCAGCAUCAAUCAAUCAACAAGCAUCGGUCAAUCAACCCAACACAAAUAAUCAACAAGUAUCUAGUGUCUUGCAACCACCAUUGAAUCAACAACCAUCAAAUAAUCCGCCAUCAUCUACAACACAAACGCCAGUACGUAGCUGCAUCAUUAUCUUCAAUCCAUCCUUGUCUCCAAUAAUCAUUUCAUCUGUGUCGAAUACUGACUUUAUCACCAUUGAAAUCAACAAUUUUGUGUUUGCUUCGGAUUAUUCUCAACCAGUCGGCUCAAUUGAAUCUACUAUUGAAUGCCUCAACAGCCUAGUGAACUAUGCCUCCAGUAAAAAAUUAGUUAUAAUUGGUGAUCUCAAUGCCAAGUCUCUUUACUGGGGGCCAACCAUUAUCAAUAGUUGAAAUAACGGCGACCUCUUAUGCCAACAUAGCAAUUUUCACAGAUUGUCAUCGCAGUUGUCUACACCAGCUGCAACCGCCAUAACAUAUUAUAUCAUUUCAAUCCAGCAGCAUGAUCAUCAACACAACAGUAUUUCUUUUUUUCUUCUUUUUACACACCAUCGAUUUUUACCAACAGAUUUUAUACAUGAAUUGUCAUACACCAACACUGAACACAACAAUUGUACAGACACAUACACACACGCACAAAGAACACAACAAGGGCCAAAUGAUGUCAUGUGCUCCAACAGUUUCCCAGGAUGGUCUCCGUAAAUAACCACUGUUGCGAUGCCGCUGUAGUAUUGUUAUUGGCUAAUUAAUGAAGUAUCAAAUGCCCGAUUAUUACAACAAUUGGCCUUUACGACAAAUCUGAAGCCAGUCUUCGCGCCAGAAUAUACGUGAAAAUUUUGAAUCACAACACAACACGGACAACUGAUAGCAGUACUAGCUAAUGAUAUGAUGGUCAACACGCUAGAAGCGUAGUAUUUUGUCAUCUGUUUGUUUAUGGCAAUCAUCUGUAUCCAUCCAAUGCUGGCUUAAUGCCACAUUCAAUUUGUUGAUUAUGACACAAAUCGGGUAUCGACCUAUACUGGGGAAAAUAUACAAUAGUUAUGCCUGUUAUAUUUUACAUGAAAUCAUCGAAUUUUUGGCCUUGAAAAAUAUAAAUUAUAUAUAGAUGGUCCGUGUAUUCGUAGCAACAUCAGUGACAGGUGUCUAGGCCAACUUUGUUAUCUUUAUCAUUUACGGUAGUCGAACAGCCCGAAUUGAUUAUUGGUAUCACCAGUAUUGGUCAGAAAUGAAAAUUUGAUAAUUCUACAAUUGGUUAAUGCUAUAAUUAGAAAAUCCUAAAAUUUGAUAAAUCUACAAUUGGUUAAUACUACAAAUUGAAAAAUCCUAAAAUUUGAUAAAUCUAUUGUGUAUUGUAAGCUUCCGCCAAAUGGUCCAUAAUAAUCCACUCUGUUGUCUUGAAUCCGUCGUAUUAAAAAUCUGGUCAACUCAUGUCAACUAUGAAAUAAAAACAAUUAGUAAAAUUAUCAUAACAAAAUAACAUAUCUUUAACGUAUAUAUCGGCAGCCGACGUUUUGUUUUCAAGCCAAAACGGUCAUCUUCUUCAAAUUCCACGACAAAUAAUCCAAAUGAAAAUAAUUCUGAAAAAUAAAUCAAUUAAUCAACAAUGGCAAAAACU